AUGACGCAGUACAAUUCCCUCGAUGCAAUUCCCUCGUACACUGGUACACAUGAAACUGAACGUCCUAUUGAGACGGUGGGUGCUGAUUGGCGACUGCCUCGCCGGAGUGCGAAGGUAGAGAAAGGAGGAGAACAAAGUACAGACGUGAGGAGCGAGAGACAUAGACAGAGACUAAAUAACUCAAAUGUUCUUCCUCGUCAUAUUUUUGUAAGCAGUUACAUUACGUCUUACAAGUACCAUGCGAGUCACUGUCGACAAAAAAUAACCCACUUUACUAUUAUUGUAGUUCAAAAAGACAUCAACAAGAUCUCCAUUUUAACAAACGAUGCUCAAAAUGUAACAAUUCCAUGUCCUCCAAGAAACUUUUAUUGGAAAAAAUGGAGACUAGUUGUAAUAUUUACCUUGGGAGAUUAUGUCAGCUUACAGUUGCUGUUUGAGUGCGGUGAUAUGAGUGAAAGUGUACGACUUGCUCGAACGUCCGAAGUGAGGACUGGGAGCACAAUUAGUAAGAAAUAUGUACCUGAUAAAAUGGAGUACUUGCAAGAGUAA